CGUCGAAACGUGUCAGUGAGAGACAUAUGGGAGUUCCUUGGUGUUUUUUUGUUAAUAAUAAAAGCAAUUAUAUUGCGGGGUUAGUAGUUUCGUGUGACUGUACUUCUUUUACUAAUACUUUUUAAUUAUAUAACGUACUGAAAUACGAAAAUUUGCGCUCGUGCUGCAUUAUAAUUGUACAUUGGUGUGUACUUUAUUGUAGUUUACUAAAAUUUAUAGUUGUUUACAAGUGCUAUUAAAAUGUCUUUCCAAUCACCAAUGCCAAGCAGAGAGUUCUUGUGGGAUAUAUUUAGAAGAGUGGAUAAGGACCGUAGUGGUUACAUUUCUGCUGAUGAAUUACAACAAGCAUUGUCUAACGGCACAUGGAAUCCCUUCAAUCCAGAAACAGUCAGACUUAUGAUUGGCAUGUUUGACAAGCAAAAUAGAGGAGUUAUAUCAUUCGAAGACUUUGGAGCAUUAUGGAAAUAUGUCAGCGAUUGGCAGAACUGUUUCCGUUCAUUUGACAGAGAUAAUUCUGGAAAUAUAGAUAAGCAAGAAUUAAAGAAUGCGCUCACUGCAUUCGGAUACAGAUUAUCUGAUGAAAUUGUGACUAUAAUGGUACAUAAGUUUGAUAGAUUUGGGCGCGGCACUAUAUUAUUUGAUGACUUCAUACAGUGCUGUAUCACAUUGUAUACUCUUACAUCGGCAUUCCGUCAGUACGAUACUGACCAAGAUGGAGUUAUAACUAUCCACUACGAACAAUUCCUCAAAAUGGUGUUUGGGCUUAAGUGUUGGCCGUAAGCCGUUCAUCGAUGUUGCCAUGGUCAAAUAAUCUUCGCAAAGAUUUGGGUCAUAGAUAAAUAAUUUUCUUGCAUUUCAAUUUUAAAAUUACAAUUUUAUAAUCAUCUAUUCGCAUAAUGUAGUUAGUAUUAUCUAUCGCUUUAAAUAUUCUUUAUAGAUAUUUAUCUCUAAUACCUUCAAUUAACAUUUUAAUCAUUAAGAACCAAAUUGUAUUGAAAAUUUUUUUUUUUUUGCAAUUAAAGCUUUGUGUAUAUGAAGAAGGAUGUUAGUGCAAAGCCAGUUUAUUAAUAACACUAAAUAAUGGAAACCAAACCACAUACAUUUUAUUACUGUCAUGAUAUUGUUAUACUAGAUUUUUUAAAUUACGACUUAUAGACUGAGCAUGUUAUUUAUGUAUUAUAUAAUACAUAAUCUUCAUUUCUAUAAAAGAAACAGAUUUGAAGGAACAUAUUGUGCAUUAAUUUCCCAUCGAUAGUUGUUUUUAAUUUUUUUAUACAUAGGUAUUUUCACUAAAAUGGAACAA